CGAGGAGAUGGGGUUGUAUACAUCGCACGUGUACGGAGUAUCGCCAGGGGGGGAUGACCAAGAUGUUGCCAAUCGGCUCUAGUUUGCUAGCAUGCCAUCGAUGCACCAACAUAUUAGGUAUCAUAGUCGUAUGGACAGAAGUGCCACUACGUGCUCGGCGCUUGCAGUGCCUUGCUUCUGCCAUGGGUGUCUUGGAGGGAUUACCCCUGACAUUCGCGGCUCGUAAUGCCUGCAGCCCGUUUACCCGCUCACUGCCCUUCCCUUGACCCCCUGCGUAGACCUCUAGUCGAAUGCAACAUUAAGCAGGGUCGCCGUCCCGUCACAAGUGUGGCCCUUAUUGAAGAACGGCCCCCAAAAGAAAAGAAGAGAAGCAGGGAAUCGGGCUAGCAGAAAAGACGACGUAUUGCCUCUCU